AUGAUAUAUAACGCAUUGGAAUAUCAUACACCACCACGAAUGAUAUAUGAAAAUGAUGUUAUUCGAUAUGCAAAUGCUACAUCCGUUCGACGUCGUAUUCCUCGAGUGAUUCAUCAGAUAUAUCGUACACAUGAUGUUCCUUCUAUUUGGAAUGCAACAGUUCAGUCGGUUAUGGAAAAAAAUAUCGGUGAGUUUAAAUAUCGUCGAUGGUCUGACGCUGAAAUGAAUGCUUUUGUCAAAAAACAUGAGCCUCAAUUUUAUCAAAAGACAUAUAUAACCUAUCCAUAUGAUAUACAGCGUGCCGACGCAUUUCGGUAUGUUCUUCUAUUCCACUUUGGUGGCAUCUAUAUUGACAUGGAUAAUAGUUGCAAUCGUCCUUUUCGUGACUUACUAGUUACUCUAGAAUCACUUGAACCAAAUGCAACUUAUUUGGCUGCUUUCCCUCAACAUCCAACCUUCGGAGUUGAAAAUGAUUUUUUGAUCAGUAGUGCUGGUCAUCCUUUAUAUAGACAAUUUAUUUCUCGACUACAUCUCUUCAAUCACAAUUAUAUUUUCCAUUUUUGGACUAUACUACUUAGUGCUGGUCCUUUAUAUAUCUCUAUUCAAGAACGACUAUUCACACCAUCGGAGCAGGCAGUUGUGCGUCUAUUGGAUUUAACUGUGUUUCGACCUAUGUUUACUGGAAAAGAAAAUGGAUACACAUGGAUUCAUCGAGAUGCUCAUUUUCUGAUCUAUAUCGCUCACAGAACUGAUAUUAUUCUAUGGUAUUGCAAAAUGUUUAUUAUUGUUAUUGUUCUUUUUAUUUUAAGUAAACAGUGUAAACAAAAACAAAAAAUGAUCUUCAGUUAUAUCUAUUCUCAUAUAAGAUUAAAUAAUGAGAAAUAA